AAAAAAAGUACUUUUUUUUUUUCUAUAAAUAAUUCUGUACAUUUGUAAAUAUUUUAAUUCAGAAAACAAACAAAAAAACAAAAAAACAACAAAAACAAAAAAAAAGGAGAGAAAAAAAAAAAUGAUGCCGAGUUUAAUUAAUGAUGGCAUGUCUCCAAAAAAGACAAGCAAUUUACAACAGCCACAGGCUACCAAUGGUCCACAAGAACAUCAGCUUGCUGCUUUAUUACAACCUGAAUAUGAUUAUGAUCUUUUUAAUCAUUCUGGCGCGUCAUCCUUAUUUCCUAAUGAUGAUGCUACUUAUGAUCGCUCAAGUAGUGCACCUCCUAUACAGGGUUUACAAAGACCACGUGAUGUAAAACUUACCUCUGUGGCUCAACAGCCUCCUAUUGCUUCUUCUGCCUAUGAUCCUAGUCAAGCUUGGAAAUUGUGGAACGAUGAAAGUAUAGAUCAUGAAUUUAUUCCUGGUCAAGAAAAGAAUGAUAUUCGUCAUCUUUAUCAGCAACAGAUCGAUAGUAAUGAUUUACUAAAUCGUAAAGGAAAAUUAGUUGAUAUUAUUCAACAGGAUUUUCCUCGUACACCUUCACCCAUGUUUAACCUUCAACAAGAACCACCAGUGAAUAGAAUCUAUGAAAGUUUUCAACAAUUCGAUCAUCCACCUGUGUCAUCUAGGGUUCAUGCUUUAAGGUCUACACUAUCUCCUGGUCGCUCAAAUUCAACACCUCCAACGAAUCGUGUUACUAAUGAUAAUUAUGAUUCAUCUGAUGAUAUGUUGAUGAAACAGUUUAAUAGUUUAGGUCUUCAUGAUGAAGUAGAUUACCUUCGUUAUAAUAACCAUCAAAUGAGACAGCAAUAUCCUUAUUAUGUGAAUGAUGCUUUAGGGAAUGAAUAUCCUACUACGAAUGGUACAAGUAAUAAUACUAAAUGGGCAAAUGAAGAUUUAUCUUCUGUUUAUCAUAUUCGUCAAAGACAAGGUCCCUUAACUGCUCCAGUUUCUUAUGAUUCUACAGGAUUCCCAAUGGCGGAUACACUAAGUGAUACAGAUAAAAAACUUCGUGCCUUACAAUUACAGCAACAACAAAUUUUGAUUAGACAGCAACAGCAACAAUUAAUGGCUGCUCGACAGCAACUCUUACUUCAACAACAACAACAACAACAGCAGCAGCAGCAGCAGCAGCAGCAGCAACAGCAACAGCAGCAACAUC